AUGUCUGCAUACUACGCCUACAACGCUCACCCAGUGCACCCCGCUCCCAUGUCGCACAACCACCACGCCGGCCGAAAUCGCAGAGCUCCUCGUCUCUCCAUGUCUCAACAAGUUCAGCGCCAGUUCCGAUCUGGUCCCCGUAACAUGAACAUGAAGGAUCCCGAGGUUGCGGCCAUCUCCUCUUUCCGAACCAAGUUCGAGACCAGCCGAUCUUUUGAUCUUGAGGACGAUAUGGAGUUCUGCCCCGGCCUGUUGACUGAGAACGACUACGUGUCUAUUUCCAGCGCGUCCGAGCGUUCUUCACUAGCCAGCAACUCUCCCGACUCUUCUCCCACGCAACACCCCAACACUGUUGCUCCUGGCUUCUCUCUCAACUCAACAUCUCCCGCCUUCAUUCCUCCCUCCUACCAGCACCAGCCAAGCAUGAAGCUUCACCAGCCCUCUGCUACUCGCGGCCGUAAUGCCAUCCCCAUCAUCAACCCUGCUACUGGUAUUACCAUGUCAAGCCCUCCUCAGUCAGUAUCACCUGGCAGGAUGCAACAGUCUCUUCGCCGAUGGUAA